UACGUCCUGCGCCAGUCGCAGCCCCUUCAGACUCGCCCUCCCUCCUCUCCUACAAAGCCCUCCUCUCCGCAACACAUCACCCUCCUUUCUCUCCACGUAUCCUCUUGGCGUCUUCACAACACCCAACAAUGCCUCGUAACGACAAGUCUUCACCCGCUUCGCUCUCCCUCCCUUCUCCCUCCCAGUCUCCCGAAUCUUCCACCCAACCCCUUACCCCAUCCGCAUCAUCCUCUUCUGCAAAGUCUAGACCACACCCUACCAGCGAUGGCCCUCCCCGCAAACGCUCUCGUACUGAACUCACCCCCGACGAGCGCAAGGAGGCCCGCGCACACCGUAACAGGAUCGCAGCCCAGAACAGCCGUGACAGGCGUAAAGCCCAAUUUGUCGCCCUCGAAGAGCGCAUUGCUCAACUCGAGGGAGAGAACCGCACUCUGCGCGCUAGCAUGGGCUUGACCGCCCUUCGGGAUACCGAAGAGCAGAGGGCCGCCGCCCACGCCCGCGAUCGUGAGAACCAGGAGCUCAAAGAGCGCAUUCGCACCCUUGAGAGCGGAUGGGAAGCCAUCGUCAAGGUAUUGCAGGUUCACGGUCUCCCUGCCGGUAUCCCCGGCCUGCCACCUGCACCCACCGCCUCAGUUCAGGAGCCCAUCACUCCGCGCCCUGAGGAGCCUCGCUCAUGCUCCACUUCCUCGUCGACCUCGUCUUCCUCAUCGACGACGCCACCACCCAACAACAACCCCACCACGUUCCCCGUCCUCGUCCCACCUUCGCCCGUAUUCCCGCUCUCACCAGCCCAAUCCCAUUCGUCCUACAGCUCAAGCAUGUUUGAAGAACCCGAAUCCACUCGCCACCUAGCACGGGUGGCGUCCAUCGACGAGGUCUCCAAGACCUCCUCGGUGCCCCAGCAGCGGGUGGAUUCGACCCCUCUGAACAACAUGCCACGUUCCAAGACGUUUUGGACCUCGGCUCGUUCGGCGAAUUUGACGCGGCUCCUUCGUCGCCCAUCGAUGAAGCCGCAAUGGAUGAUCUAUUCCGCGAGAUUCUCGCACCAUCCCCCGCGGUGCCCUCAGCAGCGCUUCCUGCUGCUCCGUCGUCGUCCGCUUCCACCGCGCAGGCGGUGAGCGAUUCCGACAUGUCGACGAUGGUGCCGGUGGUGCAGGGAGUCGAGACUGCGGUGGACCGGGGUUAUGAGGUGGCACAAGGGGUGGAGAUGGGUUUGGGACUGGGAAUAGACUUGCAGGCUGAGAUGGAGAUGCAGAGGCUGCUUGAGCUGUUACCGACCGUUGGUGCUGGCCCGGAUGGGUUCCCUAUGGAUAUCGGUCUGGGAUUCGAGGAUAUUCAGGGGGGGAUGCCGUCCGCGCUCGAUCUGGAUAUCGGCGCUUGGGAGAUGGGGGCGUCGAAUUCUACAUCGCAGCCGGUGUUCUAAAUGCCGCAUCAUCAAAACGGAAGGGGUCACAGUCGCAUCGUAUAUAUAGCAGUUUUCCUCUUGUUUUCUCACUGGUUCAUCGGACUUCUCUCCUAUCCUAGCAGUCUGCAUUUUAUGUUGUUGUUUCCCACAUCUCAAUUAUCUCGUCUCGAUUCUUCGUUCUUACCUAUUUAACUUGUAUGCCUUCGGUUUUUAGUUCGUUCAUCGUCGUCUCGGAUCUUUUCUCUCAUCUCUUAGCACCAUAAAGGUCAUCACGAACGUCCAUAUACAUUCCUUACCAUACCUUUCUCGAUUCACACCUUUCACUCCUCGUCUUCCUUCGUACCUACGAACCUUACAACUCCACAUCAUUCCUCCCAUCUCAUCUUCCGAUUCCUUCCCUACCUUUCCGCGACAUUCUCUCCGGCUCCAAGCCUUCUUCCCGCUGUUUCUCCCAUCCGCAUUCGUCUUCGUGUUCAUCGCCUCGUCUCCAUACGUUUCUCCCCUUCGGGGUCCGACGAAAUGUGUGGGGAUUGGUGGAUGCGGGGCGGUGUGUGUGGUGAGCGUGGGUUUCUGGGUUAUUUGGUGUUUGUGGGUCUGUUGGUGUUUAGGCCGGGCUUGGGCUCUCGGUUGUUACGUUCAUCUUCUUGGGGGAUUAUUGGUUUUUUGGUUGGCGGUUUUUGGGUAUGUUGGUGGAUAGGGUGGUUGGGUCGUGGUCGUGUGGGGGUUUGGGAUCGAAUGAAUGGAACAUUUUUGGUGAUCGG